ACCCGCUCUAAUAUCUCUUCUCUUCGGCGAACUAGCCCUAGAUCUCUCCCGCCUUUUUUCUCCCACUGCUCUCCCUGCUUCGCCUUCCCUCGCAGAUCCCUUGCCGCCUUCGUCGUUUCUCCGCCUCGCCGCCGGCGAAUCAGAUAUUCCUAUCACCGAAGCAUUAUUUUGGUUCCAAAAGGAGAAGAGUUAUACUCAUCCAAUGGAGUUAAGAAGUUACAAUCAUUUUCAUUAUAUCCAUGCCAUUAAAGGUGGUCUUAUGACAAAAGUUCUAAACAUCAAUUCCCGUGGAAAGCCUGCAGUAGUGUUUAAGAAGCUUACUGACGUAUAUGAAUUUAUAGACGAAAAAGAUCAAAACUCACUCCCAACACAAUUGUUGAGAGAAAGGUUGGAAGAAAAUAUUCCCGAGGGUUACAAGUUCAAGGUGGAAACCGAAGAUUUCUAUGCAGAAAGAAAAUUAUUCAAAGAUGAGCCCACAGUUUCUGAUUCUGGCAGUGGAGGUGAUACCGAUGGACAAAAGAGUGACGUAGAAGUUGAUAGUAUGACUAUACAGCAAAUUAUGGAAGGCUGCAAGAAAAGAAAGUCGAGGCAGUCAAAAUCUGUUGACUCAAGUAAGGAAAAGCUGAGGACAUGCUCUAAACAAGAACUAGAACGUUCAUGCUUGUUAUCUGAUGAGGAUGAUGAUAGUGAUCUUAAUGUAGCUCUUAGCGUCUGGAAAUCCAAACUUUCAAGACGCAAAAAAUUGAAAACCAAAUGUAAUGGAAGCAGAAUAUCUACUAGUUCACAGUGCAGCCAAAUAACUGGAAAUUCUGAUCCAAUCAAUAGUGAUCAAGAUCUCCUUCCAUCGAGUGCAGACCUACCCAUCCCUGUAGACGUUAAAGUUGAAACUCCUGAAACUGAUGUGACAGAAAUCCAAAACACAAACUACAUUAUCGAUGACCUGUCUCUUCUUUGUGAUGAAAAUGUAAACUCGUGUCUGAGUUCUGAGUUGUCUCUACUUUGUGAUGAAAAUGUAAACUUGUGUCUGAGUUCCGAGCCUAUUGGAGCUGAUGAAUUGUUUUUGAAUCGAGGGUCCACAACAUCUAACAAAGAAGCUGAGUAUUGUGUUCUAAACAGUGCAUGUCAUGAAUAUUUGGUAGGUGAUGACCCCGAAUUUCUUCAGAUGGUAGGAGAAUCAAACACUGAGUGGAUGAAAAAAGAUAACCUGGAGAUACAGAAACCCAAUUAUUCAGAUUUUCCUGCAUCGGAGAGCAUGGAGGGACGAUAUGCCCCAAGGUGUCUAUCCAAUGAUAGCAUGUCGGAAGAAAUUUCCCUGACUGAGGAACAGUGCUCUGGCACUUAUAUUUCACAAGGUAAAUCCAUAACACACGAGGCCAUAUGUCAGAAUAAUUGUGAAGAUAUGUCAGAAGAAAUAUCCCCGACUGAGGAGCAGUGCACUGACACUUAUAUUUCAGAAGAGAUGAGUUUCGGAGCUGAAGUAUGUUUAACCGAGAAUGGUUACAAAGAUACGUUGGAACUUGAUCAUGAAAGAAAAGGCAUUUCAACUGAAGCUACCAGUGAUUGUGACUUAAGAGCUGAUCAUGGAGAAAGUAUUUCAACAAAAUCUACCACUGAUUGUAACUUAAGCCCUGAUCAUGAAAAAAGUAUUUCAACAAGUUCUACCAGUGAUGGUAACUUAAGCCCUGAUCAGCAUUUGAUAUCUAUUGGCAAAUGUCCAGCUCAGGAGAUAGAACCGCAAAUCUCCAAUUUUUCUGAUUCAGAAAGAAAUACUUCACCAGAUUUUCAUCUCGAUGAUUCUAUGGACAAGUUUAAUCAAUUUGAAGAACCAAAACGUCAUCCAACAAGGCUGCUAUCAACUAGAACUACCAUAUCUCCAACAUCUCAGGAAAGAUUGUCCAAGGCUAUGAAGUCUAUGCGGUUACAUGAUAAAGAAUGCAAAACAUGUGGUGGCAAACCAUAUUUCAAGCAAGCAAAUUACAAGGUUGGCACAGCUGAAGAGUGCGACCAGAUGAAGAGAGUCUAUUCCGAUAUAUUUCAUGAGCAAAAUAUAAGGAAAUCAAAGAAGAGAAGUCUCCACUCGACAAGCAACACUAAGGUUCCCCAUGGUAGAACGAGGAGCACUGCUGUCCAAAGUUGUUCAGACAAUGCCAUUGCGUUCACACAAAGACAGAUGCAGGACAUAGAGAGUAUUGCCCUGAAACUUACAAAUCAGUUAAAGUCAAUGAAAGCAAUUGUGGAAGACAGACUUCAUGUCGAAGGCAACAAGGCUACAGGUUUCAAAUUUAACACGGAUGAGGUGAGAACAGCCAUUUCUGAUGCAACCAAAGCAGAAGCAAGUGCGAAGAAAUGGCUUUCCAUGAUGUCAAGGGACUGCAACCGCUUUUGUAAAAUAAUGAAAACAACUGAGAACGGUUCAACUGCUUCUCCAAGUGCAAUCCAGAAGAUAAAGAGGAAGAUUACAUUUGCUGAUGAAGCUGGUGGAAAGCUUUGUGAAGUGAGGCUGAUUGAGGACCACGUCGAGUCUUUUGUGGAAGCCAGUCCUGAAAAGUAUGAAGCAGUCAAGUAACUUCGAAAAACUUUCUUGUAUACAAACUUAUAUUGAAUCGUUCUCUUUUAAGAUUUUUACUUGUAAAUUCCCAUGUUACAUUUAAAAGAGAGUGCAGCGAUUUGAUUCGAUUCUGCCCGAGGAAAUGAGAUAUUGUAUCA